AACACAAAGUUAAUGUUAAACCAAUCAUUAGAAAACUUAACAUAUCAAAGUUCAAGGGUGCCCAAUAAACCACUGUGUUGUUAUAACAGCCUUUGUAGAAGCGUUGACGAUCCAUAGAGUAGUCCUUCCUUGCUGUACACUACAGCUUCCAACUCCCUAAAUGGCGGGACUUUUGGCUUUGUGUAGGACUGAGACAAAGAGUAUUCAUGUGUUCCUUCGACCUUUAACAGCAAGUCUGGGCAGUCAGAGAAGUGCAGGAGGAAAUUCUACAGCCUCUGUCCCUUCAGGGAGCAUCAGGACUGAGGCUGACCUCCCUGAGGUCACUUUUCCCACAAUGCUGUACAGGCUGGUCAUUCAAGGGUACUACAAUCACAUGCAUGAGCUGCAGUUAUACGAAAAGCAGCUUUAUGGCCCCAUGUUCAAAGUAAGAGGUGGCGAAAAGCAUAAAAUUGCACUGAAUAGUGUGGAGCUGCUGGAGGAACUGAUGAGGAAAGAUGAUAAAUUCCCUACCAGAGGAGACAAGCUUUGGAUGGAAUACAGAGAUAUGCACGGUUUGGGUUAUGGUCCUGCCACUGCAGAAGGAGAGGAAUGGUACAAACUCAGAUCCGUGCUGAACAAGCGUAUGCUACAUCCAAAGGACUCUGUGAAGUAUGAGAAUGUGGUUAAUGAGGUGGUCACAGAUUUUAUCAAACGGAUAUGCCACCUACGCCAGAUGAGCUCCACUGGAGACCUGAUACCCAACAUGUCCAAUGAGCUGUAUCGUUUCAGUCUAGAAGGAAUUUCCCGCAUAUUGUUUGAGACUCGUAUUGGCUGUCUUGAAAAUGAGAUUCCACCAGAGACUCAAAACUUCAUCAACUCCAUUGCCCAGAUGUUCACUUAUACUAUGGCUGUGAGUGUGUUACCCAAGUGGACUCGCAAUUAUUUGCCAUUCUGGCGGCAUUACGCAAGAGGUUGGGACGGAAUCUUCAAAUUUGCCAGCACUUUAAUUGACAGGAAGUUGGAGGACAUUCAGAAGCGCCUGGAUGCAGGUCAGGAAGUUGCAGGAGGGUAUCUCACCUACUUGCUUUCCAACACUAACAUGAUAAAGAAGGAUGUGUACGGCAGUGUUACUGAGCUGCUUCUGGCAGGAGUGGACACAACAUCCAACACUAUGAUGUGGGCCUUGUACCUGCUGUCACAAGAUCCAAAGGCACAGGACACACUGUACCAGGAAGUUAACAGUGUCAUCAAGGGGGACAAAAUUCCAACAGCUGAGGACAUUAACAGAAUGCCCUACCUCAAGGCUGUCAUCAAAGAGACUCUAAGAAUGUACCCAGUUGUUCCCAUUAAUGCUCGCCUUCUAUCAGAAAAAGACGUGAUUAUUGGAGGACACUUUUUCCCUAAGGAGACCUUGUUUUUAAUACAUCAUUAUGCAAUCGGUCAUGAUGAGACGAUAUUUCCUGAACCAAAAGUCUUCGAGCCUGAGCGUUGGUUAAGGGACGGGAGGGAGCGUCCCAAACCAUUCGGCUCCAUUCCGUUUGGGUUUGGAGUGAGAGGGUGUCUUGGCAAACGUAUUGCUGAACUGGAGAUGCACUUGGCUCUGGCAAGGAUUAUAAAGCUGUUUGAAGUGAAGUUGGAUCCCAGUGUUGGAGAGGUCAAAGCUCUCAGUCGUAUUGUGCUUGUGGCAGACAAAACAGUCAAUUUUCAUUUUCUGGAGCGGACAAAGGUAACCAAUUAAAGCUGCCCCAAGCCACCAAAUAAGUCACUGAAGAACUCCAUACACCCUGCAUAAGACUCUUUCUAAAGACCCUUUUUUUUCCAAAGAUACACUAUACAUGUGCACAGUGCCUUGAUAUCUUACUGUAGCACCGUGAUGCUGCCAUAUUGGUAAAGUAGGCAGCUGAAUAGAGUGUGCAGAGACUGUUCUGUCACCUGUAAGAAUAUCCAUCACAGUCAUUCUACCAGUCAUUAUGUAAGUAAGCUCUGUAAUCUCAUUGGUGUAUGUAUGUACCUAUGUAUGUUUGUAUGUAUGUAUUCAUGCAUGCAUGUAUUGAUGCAAAAGAAAAAAACACUGCACACAGAGCAUAUAUUUUAGUUAUUUCUAUUAGUACGUAAAGUUCUAUUUCAAAAAAUAAUUAAUAAUAAUAAUGAUAAAUAAUAAUUAUUCUAGAAAGAAAUUAAUUACUGCAACUUUUCACUUUUUUAGUGUGUAUAUAAAAAUCAAAAAGCAUCAAUGGUAUGGUAUGCUCAUUUGGAAAUAGUGUAUAAAUUAUUAAGAAUAUUUAACAGUUUGAAACACAUGCACACACUGGUAUAUAUACUGUAAAUCAUUUUAUUUUUUCAUUGCACUUUAUGAGAAAUAACUUAAUAAAGUCCAGUGAAGCUCCACCUUAUCAGAGAUGCAGUAUAAAGUCUGCAUCAUGAUUAAAGGCCCUGGGUACCUUGUUUGGAUACACAGUAUCAUGGACUCCAUGAAGUACAAAGAGAUUUUAAAUGUAAAUGGCAAGCCAAUGAUUAAAUCAUACAUCCAAAUCUAUACAGAAAUGCUUAAAUGACCACAGAGCUAAACAUUUGUCAAGUCUAUUCAUACUGACCAAACCUGUUUUAACCCACUAUUAAACUGUGAGGAAAGCUGAAGAGGAGAGUCCACAAGAGAGAACUGACAACCCUGCAGGAUCUGGAGAGAAUGUGUACCCACACAUGGACUGAGGUCCUGUCCAGUGUUCCCAGGAUAGCUAUAACAUAUGACCACCUGCCUAAUAUUGUGUUGGUCCCCUUUUUGCUGAGAAAACUGCCCUGACCCAUCGAGGCAUGUACUCCACUAGAUCCCUGAAGGUGUUCUGUGGUAUCUGGUACCAAGAUGUUAGCAACAGCUCCUUUAAGUCCUGUAAGUUGCAAGGUGGGGUCUCCAAGGGUGGAACCAUUCAAGAACCAUUUUUGCUUUGUGGCACAGCAUAUUAUCCUGUUGAAAGAGGCCACAGCCAUGUUAAGAAGUAUGUUAUUACUUCUUAAUGUUUUAGAAAUCAAGAAAAGAAAUCAGAAGAACUAGGUAUGGAAUAAAGCAUCAAUUAAAACAGAAGAAAGAUCUUCUCUAGAUGUGAAACUUGUCUGACUCUGCAACAUAGCAUAGAUCAACAGGGAGUGUAUAAGGGCUUGUGUAAAAGUACAACAGAGGUCAUUCUGUGCGCUGAAACUUUCAUGUCUCACCAUAUCAUUCAGCUUAAUUGAUCAUUUGCAAAUUCCUUUUAACAUAAACAUAUGCAAAGGGACCUCUGAAACCCGAACUCUUCCCUAUCUUUCUCACUUGUUCGACAGGUGGCCAAAGUUUAUUCAUGGCCUCUUUGGUGCUUUGUGUUAAAUCUUAAAAAAUUAAGAUUUUGUUUUCUUUGAGAAUGGCCACAGUUCUUGCAUCUCUCCAGAUUUUAUCCCAUGCAAUAAAAGUGAGAAAGAUAUGGAAGAGUUCGAGUUCCAGAAACUGUAUAAAGAGUGACGGCUGGAGUGAGCUCCCCUACAGAGUGAACCCAGUCAGUGGGUAGAAGAAGAUGUGGUCUUAUAUGUCAGGAAAACCUUUGCUGAAUAAGUCCAGUUUUCAGCUUUGCCCAACACCUGGUUGUCUAAUGUUUAGACAGAGACCUCAAGAGGCCUACAAGCCACAGGAUCUUGCACCCACUGGAUUGGUGAUGAUCUUGGGGUACAGUAAGGCUGGAAUUGGGCACAUUCAUCUUUGUGAAGAGCACAUAAAUCAAGCCACGUACAAGGAUGUCCUGAAAGUAAACUUGCUUCCUUUUGCUCUGGCAAUGUUCAGCAACUCUGAGGAAUUGGUUUGUCCAGCAGGACAAUGCUCCAUGCUACACAGCCAAGUCAAUCAAGGUGUGGAUGGUGGACCACCACAUCAAAACACGGUCAUAUGGCCAGCCCAAUCUCCAGACCUGAACCCCAUUGAAAGCCUCUGGAAGGUGAUCGAAGAAGAUGGAUUGUCACAGGCCAUCAGACACUGAUUUUCUUGAUUUUUUUUUGUGCAUCAGAUGUGUUAUAAAAUCACCCAAAAGCAAUGUGAAAGAUUUGUGAAGAGCAUGCCAAGAUGCAUAAAAGAUGCUCUGAUUGAUAAUCAGGGUUAUUCUACCAAAUAUUGAUUAUCUUAAACUUUUCCUAAGUUAAAACAUUAUUGUGUUGUUUAAAAUGAAUGAGCUUGUUUUCUUUGCAUUAACUGAGUUCUGAAACACUGCAUCUUUUUUUUUUUUUUGCUAUUUUGACCAGUUGCCAUUUUCUGCA